CCCCAGCACCCGCAGCCUCAGCCCGGCUCGCGCCAUCCCGACACCACACAUCCACCCUCCCCCCUUCCCCUCCCCCCUCUCCUUUCCCAAGGCUAAAACACGUGCUCCCAGCAUACCCCCACCCCCUCCUCCCUCCCUCCUUUUCCGCCAUCUUCCGGUGCUCCUCGAAGCUCAGCGCGCCUAAGCUAGCCGCGGCGGGCGAGAACCAGUCUUUGGCGAGGAACCCGCCCGCAUAUCCGGAGGCGGAGGCGAAGAGGGAGGGGGAGGGCUCGACGAGGUGGAUGCUGGAGGGGGGCUGGUGCUUGGAGAGGUAGUAGGCUGUGGAGGUGCCGAUGAUGCCGGCGCCCAGGAUUACGGUUGUGGUUGUCAUGGUUUAAUGUUGAGAGUGUACAUAGGUGUAAGUGUGUUUGUAUUUACCCCCUUUUUGGAUGUUAUUAGGUAAACUACUAUGUACCCUCAUAGCCUACCUGUAGGUACCUGCUAUGUAGGUAAGCUUAGGACCUUAGGUAGGUAGGUAGGUAAGCUACAGGUACCUAUAGCUUCUUGUAGGAUGUCAUCAGUCAUCUACCCCUCCCUUGGCCCCGCCAAUGGCCUUUUCAAGCUCCGAUAAGGUCCGGAAUAUACAUGACAUCCGAUCUAUAAAUACCAUGCGCAUGUAAGUACAUAGUAGGCCCAUAAGCCUUGAAUUCGCAAAUUUUCAUCUUGUCAAACCUACAACUUAUACCAAAUUUUCCAUGUCAAAAGUAUUCAUCGUUACGGGCGCUAGCCGAGGUCUCGGCCUCGCUAUAGCACAGUCCUUGGUUCAAGCCUCACACAAAGUAUUUCUGGUUGCCAGAACCGAGAAGGACCUGCAAGCAUUGAAAACACAGCAUCCAUCAUCAGUUGAUUUCAUGACUGCAGAUCUAGCAGACUUGAAGGUUGCGCCAGCUGUUAUACAAUCAGCUUUGAAGGCUUUUCACAAAAUCGAUGGCAUUGUCAUAAACCACGGUGUCCUAGCCCCUAUCACUAGGAUAUUCGAGGCGGAUGCCGAGGAAUGGAGACGUGCCUACGACAUCAAUGUCUUUAGUGCUGUGGCACUUGUCAAAGAAGCCAUUCCCGAGCUUCGAAAAUCAAAGGGCAGAAUUGUCAUUGUCUCAUCUGGUGCAGCGUUCGGCGCAUACGCAGGAUGGGGAUCUUACGGCACCUCCAAGGCCGCUGUCACCCACUUCUGUGCUCACAUAGCUGUUGAGGAGCCGUCUAUUACCAGUGUCGCAAUUUCGCCUGGUAAGCUUGACACCGAUAUGCAGAAAGCAAUUAGAGAUGAUGGUAAAUCUAGCAUGUCGCCAAAGGUCUACGAAAGUUUUGUGGAUGAACAUAAGAAUGGCCUACUACUGGACCCGAAAACGCCAGGUAAUGUCAUAGCUAAGCUGGUCGACGGUGCGACUAGCGACUUGAACGGCAAAUAUUUCCGUUGGAACGCAACUGAACUCGCCAGUUUUCAAGAGGCCUGAGCUGAUUAGUACUUCAGAGCGUAAAGACUAUGCACCAAGUUAGUCAAGAACACGCAUAUAUUUACGCAUAACAUAGCGAUGAAGAUUUUGCUUCAGUCGAAAGAUGAAAAGACUUGUUUUUUCAACAUAUGAUUCAGCUGCGUAAGAAUCAUCAUGAGCAGAUUUGGGGGGAAAGGGUGGCUUGUCUUACCUUACAGAGAUAUGAUAAUAUUAUAAUCCACGAAAGCUCAAGACCACUUCAUGCAUGAAAUUACAGGUUCCCCAUCCUGCCUUUCGUAAAAAACUAGGAAUU